CUCUGUAUCCUCAGAUGUUUUUCUGAGGUGCAGACCUCCUAACGAGGAGUGUUGGAUAAUAACACUACUAAUAGUGACAUUAGAAGUUUGAACUUUCCAGCAGCUUGGUAGGAGUGUCGCUGCUUUCUGACUCAAAUGAGUUGGUAAGGCCUUCAGACACUCUGCCAUCAAGCUGUUCAUCCUUGAUAAUAGCCACUAGAAGGAAAACGUCAUGGUUUUAUUUAUUGUCUUCUUGGGUGAUUCACAUUGUGGAUCAUCAUUUAAAUUCUACGUUGAUGAUCUGUCCUUACAUUUUCUGAAUGUAGUCUUUCAUUUGUCAUCUGCAGUACAUCCUAGUAUGGCCGCCUAUCUACUUAUCAUUUACUUAUCUACUGUCAUUCUAAAUCUGUGUAGUUUAACCUCACCUGGCCCUCAGGUGUGAUAUACCAUUUUGGCCACACGAGGGCGCCAGUGUUCCAGUGAGCAUCUCUGUUUGUGUAUGAACGUGUUUCUCUCUGGGUAGACCUCAAAAGACAGCAGCAGAACAUAGUUUGUGUUUGGCGUCUAUAGCUCGUCACAGUUUUGAUUUUAAUGCAGAAAUUUGAGGAGUGAUGGGGCGACGUCUGAAGCUGAGGAGCUCUUUAACUUUUAUUUUUUGGGAUAAGAGGGUGGAGCUUGAGAAAUAGUGUAGUGGCUCCGCCCACAUCUUAUGUACAGUCUAUGAUGGCUCAGUCCUGGUUUAAUUUCUCUAACUGUCUGUCUCCUCUGCAGGUCGUCAUGGAUACCAUCAGGACUCGUCUGAGACAGUCAACCUCUGUGUCACUCCAGCGCUCAGUGGGCGUGGCCGAUGAUGAGGAGGCGGCAGGAGCUCCGAGGGUGGAGCUGAGGUUUGUGACACCAGAGGCCGAGGAGGAAAUGGAGGCGGAGCCCAGCAGUGACAUCGAAGCAUUGAUGCUUGGACAUCGCUAUGGAAACCGGAAAACCUGUGUGCUCCUGUGUGCGUGUGGAGUUGUUCUCUUCACUACAGCUUUCCUAUUGGCCUACGCAGUGUUAGGUGGGUUGUGCCCCUGCUCCAAGAUGGGGGGGCAAGGUGAGGAGGAUGAAGAGCCAGGGGGCGGUACAAAGCUCUCUGCAGAGGGAGGGGUGGGGCUUUACCUGGGAGAUCUCAGGGUGAUGAUGAGGAGGCUACUACAAGAUGAAGAUAUCUUCAACACAGUCAGUCGAGUCAGCAGAGCGAAUCAUCCCCCGGGUUCCUCAGAGGGGACGUCUCUGGCCUCAGAGAUUCUGGGACGGUUCAGACAGCUGCAAAUGGAUCAUACCUGGACCGAGUCUCUGUACGCCACGCUGCAGUUCCCUGAUAGGUAGGUAGGGGG